AUGGGGCCAGAAGGAGACGAUGGGGAUUGUGGUGGAGAGGAUGAUGAUGAUGAUGAUGAUGAUGAUGAUGAUGAUGAUGAUGAUGAUGAUGAUGAUGAUGAUGAUGAUGAUGAUGAUGAUGAUGAUGAUGAUGAUGAUGAUAAGGAAAUGAUAGGAGAAGAGGAAAGGAAGGGAGAGGAUUGUCAUUGGUCGACUUGA